AUAUGGAAGUGCACUGCUUUAACAAGCACCACAGAAUCCCAAACAGUAUUGCAUUAAGCCAUCUGUGUGUUUAUCUGAGAAAGAAGAAAAAGAGUGAGAGAUGGAGAUGCAAAAGAGAACCCCGAGAGGUCAGAGAGUGGUCCUAGUUCCAACUCCAUGCCAAGAACACAUAAACCCAAUGCUUCAGUUGGGUACGUUUCUUCACUCAAAGGGAUUUUCCAUUACCAUCAUUCACACCCAUUUCAACUCUCCAAGCCCUUCCAACCACCCUGAGUUCACAUUCAUUCCGAUUCAAGACUGCCUAACUGUUCCUCUAGUCUCAUCCGGGAAUAUAAUAGCUAUUCUAUUGGCUCUCAAUGCCAAUUGCAAAGCGAGUUUCGAACAAUGUUUGACUACUCAAGUAAUGAAACAAGAACCGGAGAAGAUCACCUGCAUCUACGAUGAAUUCAUGUACUUCUCUGAAGCUGCUGCUAAUUAUCUGAAUAUUCCAAGCAUCAUCCUCCGUACUACCAGUGCAGCCAACUUUCAUGGUCGAUCUACUGUCGUAGAACUUCAUUCAAAAGGCCACAUUCCCUUCCCAGAUCAAAUGCACUCCAAGUGUGGAUUACCUUCUCAAGGAGCUUCAUCAACUCGCCGACUUGUAGUAUAUGCGGGUGCUUCUAUCCUUGCGGUUCUAGCCACUGACUAUGCGUUAGUGCCAUUGCCUGUUUUGGCAGAUGACAAGUCAAAUGGUGAAGAGGAGAAGGAUGGAGUUUUAGGUGCUAUCCAGUCGCUGCUCGAAACCAAUACGAAAACGAAGUCUGGAAGAGUGUUGCCGAAGGCAUAUUUGAAGACUGCAAAAGAAGUUGUGAAGACACUGCGGGAAUCAGUACAGGAAGAUCCCAAGGAUAAAGCAAAGUUUAGACGUACUGCAGAUGCAGCAAAGGAAUCAAUUUGAGAGUAUUUGAGCAAUUGGAGGGGACA